AUGAAUACAACUGCAACUAUUCGAAAUCCAAUUAGUUACAAUCUUGAAGAGGAUCGCAGCAGGCACCAUCUCCGUCACUUUAGUGCAAAUGACAGACGUAUCCGAAAUUCUACAUAUUCACCAUCUUCUUCAACUGCUUCCUCUUCCUCUUCUUCCUUUUCAACAUCCACUUUUACAUAUCAACAUUUACCAUCCUCUGCUGCUGCUCCAAUGUCGACUUGUUCCUCCUCUCACUUGGUGUUACCAUCACCGACUUUUAAUGCAAACACAUCAUCAUCAUCUACACCCAAUCCCAGCAUGGAACUUGACAAGCAAGCAUCAAAUCCAAGGAGACUUCGCUUUGAAAUUGUGCUUGAAGCUGCAACUGCUGUGACACAGAAGGCUGAAGAAUCUGCAAUUACAUAUUUGAAUCGUGGUCAAGUCUACGGUAUUCAGCUCAAUGACAAAAGAGGCCAAGACCAAAUAAUUACAAGCACGCUGUCUAUUGCGUUUCAUUCUUCAUCUCAUCGUCGCAUUGCUGAGAGCUACUGGAAGUUCUGGAUUGGCCAACAAAAGCAAAGCGAGGCUCGUGCUAUUGACAUUGAUGCAAGUCAAUGUACGGGUAUCACUAAUUUGAGCUUUCCAAGCUUUGAUAAGAUCACAUUUGACUGGAACGGCAAAUAUGGUGCAAAGAUCUAUGUUCGUUUCAAAUGUCUCUCUACCGAUUUCUCACGCAUCAAAGGCGUCAAGGGUAUACCCCUCAGAACUCAAAUGGAAACCCACGUUGAUGCCGAUUUGGCUACUGGCGUGCCUGAAUUAGAUGAAGUCUGCUUUUGUAAAGUCAAGCUAUUCAGGGACAAAGGUGCUGAGCGAAAGAACAAGGAUGACGCAAAGCAAAUUUCAAAGCAGUUGGAGAAAGUCUACGGCAAAGCAAAUGAGCAAUCAUUGCCCUUGAUGUACAAUGUAUCUUUGCCUUAUUCUAUCUUUGGUGAAGUCCCUACAUCUUCUACACUAGAUACAUUUGAACAUGCUGCAGAUGACUCUACUUUCACCAUGCAACUGAACAAGGUAGCAAGAUAUCAUACCCGUGUCAUGACAGCACCCAAUCCAGUAUUUCAUCGUGGCACGUCUACGAGCUGCUGCAAAGAAUCAUCGCCUCUAGCAACUGUCAAGGUGGAAGACACUCCUGACAUCCCCUCUCCUCCCGUAGUACCAAGCUCUGUUGAUGCUAUAACUAAUGUACUGUCUUCUUCUUCCCCUUUACAUAGCACCCUUACACCAAAUGAUUGUAAUACAAGUAGUGCAUUUGCAGCCAAAACAGAGGAAAACUACGAUUUCUACAACUACUUGACACAACAACAACAAGCACUGGCCACGCUACCCAGCAUUGAUACCAAUAACCUCUCACUGGAUACCAUUUCUCUUUCAUCUCAACAAAAUCUACUAGACGCCAGCUUCGAAGAUCUAGGGACUACUCCAUUUGAUGAAGAUUUACCUCCUUUAAGUGCAGAUACAUUAUAUACACCAAACACUAUGCAAGCGACGCCUAUCGACUAUCAGGAUCAGCAUCAUGCAAUGACGACAUUUGAGAAAUCAUUCUAUACUCACAACAACCUCAUACUAACACCUGGUUUAAUUGUGGAUACUCCUUCAUCACACAGCGCCUUUAUCUAUCAUCAACCACAUAUAAACAACGCGGCACAAAACACUCCUUCAUUAACAUCUGCUGCAGCAGCGGCACCAGCUAUAAAAACAUCUGCUUCAGUAAACUUAGCUUCUAUAUACGAUGUAUUUACACCAGAGGAAAUACAACAGCCCCAUCAAUCUUGCUCAAUUACACCUACACACGAUGAUUAUCAUGAUGGUUCCACAACUCCACAAGAAGUUAAUGCUUUACAACAGCGAGAUUAUUUUUGCGCUAUGGAAACAACAUCUUCCAAUAUUUCCCUGUUACAGCAGCAAUUACAGCUUCAUAAUGAGAACGCCAGCAAUAUCAUCCUGAAUAGCAAUGCAUUAUCCAGCAUGCUGUUGCUGUCAUCACCACCAGCACCCCUACCACCAAGCCAACAAGAGUUACAAACCAAUGGUGGUGUGAUGAAAAAAAAAUCCACCUCCUCCAUCAAAAAACAACAAGAAACUGCAGAUUACACCAGUGACUCCAGUAAUGCCAGCGGCGGUAGUCAUCAGUCCUCAUCUAAAAAGCGUCGUUAUUACGCGUCUUGUCCUAUCUAA